AUGAAUUCAUUCAUUCACGACCCUCCUUUCACUGGAACGGCCAAGAGUUCGGCUCGGAAAAUUAGUUUAACUCCAGGCUUCGACCGCGCCAGAGUUCCUGCCGACCAUCGUCGCGAUCUCAAUCCGAUUCUCCCCUCCACUCAACUCCAACUCCUGCGGAUACCAGAACAUUUCCACUACCAGCUGUACAGUCAGCUAGAUAAUUGUGCAGAAUCGCUAACGAUACGUAUUUGGACAUUCAGUUACAAAGGACAGCACAUAAAUAAAUUACAAGUUCCGCCAGAUCAGUUGCAAAAACUUAUUAAAUACAACACCGAAUGUAGACAAAAAAGCGGCGCCCCUAUGCCAAUGAUAAUGGCCGCCGUCCAGGGAAAAUUCGAUGAUGAUCCAGCUCUGAAAACACAUUUUUUCUGCCUUGGAAAGAAGAUUGGUUUCAUGGAUAAAGACGGGAACUUCGACAGGGAAUUCAUCAAGGAACAAAUGAGCCAACUUGUUAAAGACGAUGAUAAGAUAGAAGAAGUUUUAAACAAAUGUCUGAUUCAGUUGGACAGUCCGGAAGAAACAGCAUUUCAAUCCAUAAAGUGUAUGUCUGACAAUCGCAAAACCGUCUUACCUUAAACUAAAUAAAAUUGUGUAUUUGUUCUUUUAAAUAAAAUCUGUAAGUCUCA